GAGUGCGCCUAUCUGCCGGUAAAGGGUGAGGGUGCCCCCAUCGGAUACCCCUGUCCUUCCCCGCCUCCCCCCACCCCCAGACUUAGGUAAGGGAAGAAAUGUUGGGUCAGCCUCAAGGGAGCACCAGCCACCCUCCCUGGAGCAAAGGCGAAGUCCAGCCUUCCACCAGAUGGCUAGAGCCGGCAAGCAGAGAUAAAGGUCACACUUUGGACUGACUCCACAGCCAAAGGGCAGAGGGGGUUGGGGGGGUGCCUCGGGGUCCCCGGGCCCCCAGGCCCUUCUGCUGCCUGUCAAGCUCCCCUGCAAGGUUAAAGGAAGAAGGCGAGGCCCAGGUCCAGGCCCCGGCAGGAGGGACUAGCCACCCACUCAUGGCAGGCACGAAGUGAAGUGGGCACCUGCUGCCGGUCAUUCGGUCACUCGGUCACUCAGUCAUCACCGCUGCCGCCUCCCGCCGCGGGCCCCCAUCCUCGAAGUUACGGUUCCCGGCAGGGGUCUGGCCCAGAGGGCAGCACGCGAGGGUGGGGGUGUCAGGCCGGGCCGGGUAGGUAGCGAUUUCAGGGGCGAAGAGAACUGGGGAGUGGGACCUGCGGAGUCAGCCCUCCUCACCGGAGGAGGGUGGCGGUUGCGGCUCAGGCCAGGCUGCUAGGUCCCAGAGGCCCCACCGGCUCCAGCCGCGCAGCGGUCCGCUGCCUGCGGGAGGGGGAGGAGCCAGCCCGCGGCCCCGCCCCUCCGCCCCCUCCCUCGGGACCUGCCCUGCGCUGCCCAGGUCCCGCGGGCUGUUGGGUCCCAGACCCGGCCUGGCCGCGGGGCGGGCAUCGCCGGGGGAGCCGUCGGCGACCGGCAGCCCCGCAGGCGGGGGCCAGCAGCGCGGGCAGCCGAUGCCGGGACACCUGUGCGCCCAGGCCCUGCCCACCCCGAGCGGGUCCUCCUCGAUCCAGGUUUAGGGGAAGGGAUGCAGCCCCAGGCACGGCUCCCGGCCCCACGGAGAAGUUCCCAGAGGCUGGGGAGGACCAAACAGAGCCUGACCCCUCUUGGCUCGUCUCUAAGGCCAGUGGCCUGAUAACUGUCUGUGGCCCGGAGGGUCCAGUCUCAGGAGGCCCCUUUCUCCUGGACAUUGGAGCUAUGACCCUUUGGAGGUGACCCAGGAGAGAAGGGAUGCAGGCUUUUGGGCCUCCCAAUGAAGGGCCCUUCCAAGGACUGGUGGCCUCCCGUAUUGAGACUUAUGGGGGUCGGCAUCAGGCCUCCACCCAGAGUACUCCUGGCAGCCUCUAUCCCCGAGGAGGCCUCGUGCUGGAUCCCAGCCGCCGACGCCUCCAGGGCUACAGCCCCUUUGUUAAGGGUUUCGUCCCAGCCAGAGGCCUGUCUCCCUUGAGGUUGCGAGAACCAGAGCCCGAGAAGAGGCAUGGAGGCCAUUUUGGGGCUGGCUCCCCUCACUCCCCCAAGCUCAAGGAAGUCCCCAAGGCCCAUGAGCUGGAGAUGAGACUGCACACAUUCAGCAUGUUUGGGAUGCCCCGCCUGCCCCCAGAAGACCGGCGGCACUGGGAGAUCGGAGAGGGCAGCGACAGCGGCCUGGUCAUCGAGAAGUCCUGGAAGGAGCUGGUGCCUGGGCACAAGGAGAUGAGCCGGGAGCUUUGUCACCAGCAGGAAGCACUGUGGGAGCUGCUGACCACGGAGCUCAUCUACGUGCGGAAGCUCAAGAUCAUGACGGAUCUCCUAGCCGCCGGUUUGCUGAACUUGCAGCGAGUGGGUCUGCUGAUGGAAGUGUCAGCUGAGACCCUGUUUGGAAAUGUUCCCAGCCUGAUUCGAGCCCACCGGAGCUUUUGGGAAGAGGUGCUGGGGCCCACCCUCGGGGAGACCAGGGCCUCAGGCCAGCCUCUGGACCCUCUCAGCCUGCAAAACGGCUUCCUGACGUUCAGCCAGCGCUUCCAGCCCUAUGUCCUGUACUGCCUGCGAGUGAAACAGACCAUGGCCUACGCCCGGGAACAGCAGGACAAUAACCCUCUCUUCCACACCUUCGUGCAGUGGUGUGAGAAGCACAAGCGCUCGGGGAGGCAGAUGCUGGGGGACCUGCUCAUCAAGCCCCACCAGCGCAUCACCAAGUACCCGCUGCUGCUCCAAGCUGUGCUUAAGAGGAGCCCCGAGGCCCACGCCCGGGACGCCCUGAAGGCCAUGAUCGCCGCAGUGGAGUCGUUCCUCAGACACAUUAACAAGCAGGUGCGCCAGGACGAAGAGCAGGAGAGCUUGGUGGCUGCAGCCCAGCGCAUCGGGCCCUACGAGGUGCUGGAGCCAGCCAGCGAGGAGGUGGAGAAGAGCCUGCGUCCAUACGCCACCCUGGACCUGAUGUCCCCCAUGCUGGGGGUUGGCCCUGAGCACACCCGGCAGCUGCUGCUUGAGGGGUUUGCGCGCGUGAAGGAGGGUCGAGAAGGGAAGCUGGACGUGUACCUGUUCCUCUUCUCUGACGUGCUCUUGGUGACCAAGCCCCCUCGCAAGGCAGACAAAGCCAAGGUUAUCCGCCCGCCCCUCAUGCUGGAGAAGCUGGUGUGCCAACCGCUCCGAGACCCUAGCAGCUUCCUGCUGAUCCACCUCACCGAAUUCCAGUGUGUCUCCAGCGCCCUCGUCGUGCACUGUCCUAGCGCUGCAGACUGCACCCAGUGGUUGAAGAAGACCCAGCAAGCCCAGGUCACCCUGCAAAAGUUGAAGGCAGAGGAGUACAUCCAACAGAAGAGGGAGCUCCUUGCCCUCUACAGGGACCGGGAGGAGUCCCCAAGCACCAGGCCCUCCACGCCUUCCCUAGAGGGCUCUCAGAGCAGCGCAGAGGGGAGGACUCCUGAGUCCUCGACAGUCAUCCCCCACCUGGUGGUGACAGAAGACACAGAUGAAGAUGCCCCCUCAGUCCCAGAUGACACCUCGGACUCUGGCUACGGCACUCUGGUCCCAGGCUCUCCCAAGGAGGCCCACUCCCCGCUGAGCCGUCUACGCUCGAGGGCCUUUCGGCGGGACCCUCGCCUCACCUUCUCCACCCUGGACCUUCGAGCUGUUCCUUUGCGUCCCCAGCCUCCUGACCCCCAAGCUCCCCAACGCCGAAGUGCCCCUGAACUGCCAGGGGAAGGAAUCCGGAAAGGAGGCAGUCUGCCCAGGGUAGACCUACCGGCCUGGUCUGAGGAAGGAGACAGGACACCAACGGGAGGGGAUUUGGUGGUGGACACUUUACACAGGGCCCGACUUCGGGGGCAGCGUCCCCCGUCCCCAACCCAUGCCGACUCUGCUGGAGAAAGCCCCUGGGAAUCCUCAGGGGACGAGGAAGAGGGACCCCUAGCCUGGGAACCUCCCAGCUACACGCCCUCCCGACACCCGCUCCGGGCUGAGGACAUGCUCCGAGAGAUCCGGGAGGAACUGGCCAGCCAGAGGAUUGAGGGCAUCCCCGAGCCUGCGGACAGCAGGCCUCGGAAACUGACUCGGGCCCAACUGCAGAGGAUGCGUGGGCCUCGCAUCAUACACCUGGACACGCCCCUGUCCACGUCAGAGGUGUGAGGAAUACACAGGCGCCUCAGCAUUUCUCCCGAAGGAAAUCUCUCCCUAAGUGUGCUGGUCACCACCUCGACCCCUGGAUUCUACCUCAAGGACACGUCCCCAGGCACCCUGGCCUUCCUGCUCUGAGGACUUUGGAGAUCAAGAGCUGUACAUUUAUGUAUCAUAGACACACUGGAACCCCCACAUAAAGUUGUAUGUAAAAAGGACCGUCCAGGGAGUUCCCGUCAUGGCUCAGUGGUUAACGAAUCCGACUAGGAACGAUGAAGUUGCGGAUUCGAUCCCUGGCCUCGAUCAGUGGGUUACAGAUCCCGCGUUGCUGUGAGCUGUGCCAUAGGCCAGCGGCUACAGCUCUGAUUCGACCCCUAGCCUGGGAACCUCCCUAUGCUGCGGGUGCGGCCCUAGAAAAGACAAAAAAUAAAAAAUAAAAACAUGACCAUCCAGCCAGCACCAGAUGAGGGGGGAGGAAAGAACCUGGGGCGGGGGGGAGUCACUGAGUGAGCGCAAGUGGCUCCUCUGUCAGCCAGCUUUGCGGUGUGUGUAGGUGUGUGUGUGUGUGGGGGGCGGUAAUCCCAGGCAUCAAGAUCACCGGCUUUAAAUCCAGAGUUUUAGUGUAUUUACAAAAGUCCACAGCUCCAGCGGGAGUCCCCAUUGUUCUGUGCCUUCCCUGCCUUGGGACAGUUCAGCUUUUUCUGCCCCUGUCCAGGCAGGAGACAAAGGGGUGCCAAGUCUCUAUUAGUGUACAUAAUGGUUACAAAGACUUCUUAUCUAUGGUGAAACAGGCUCAGGGACUAACAGGGGCCCCCCACGCAGCUUGCUGGGUUCUCCAAGUCCAAAAUGGGUAGUGAGGCAUGACGGCCCUCAUUCCCGCAACCACUGGCAUCUGGCUCCUGGCACAUUCAGCCUCUCUCAGGAGCACACACACUCCACCUCUAACACAUACACACCUAUCCUUCGUCCUGGCACAUUCAGCCUCUCUCACGAGCACACACACUCCACAUCUAACACACUCACACACACACACACACACACACACACAC